ACGGGGGAGAGUCCCGGAUGUUGGCUCGGCCGCCGAGAGAAAGGCGAACGGGAGAAGGCGGAGAGAAGCUGAAGAGGGACACCACGGCACCGCGGGCACACCGGUGAAGCUAAGGCUACAGAGCUUCUUUGCACAGGACGAUAACGUCAAGAGCACAGGACACUCCUGGGGAGCCCCUGCUAGCUGAAGAAGAGGAGGUGGAAGGAAGGGGAGGGGGCAGUUACUCUGAAACUACCGUCAGGAUUUACAGAGAGAGCCACCGUCACAGCAGCUUUCACCCAGAAGUUGACCUACAGAAGACAUCAUGCUGAUGUCUUGAGCUGAGGGAGACUUCAUCCUCAACCUGUCACUCGUCUCUGUUUGUGAUUCCACACCUCUCCAUCAGGCAUCAACAGCAACCACCACCAACUCCACGUUUUCCCCACCCCGCUCCGGCCCAGCCUGCCGUCACCAUGACGUCGGAGCUGGAGAGCAGCCUGACCUCCAUGGAUUGGCUCCCUCAGCUUACCAUGCAGGCGGCUAUCCGCAAGGCGGACGCCCAGAAUGCCCACGGGCCAGGCAUGGGCAAGAAGAGUGCCCUACUGGAUCCUAACACCACGUUGGACCAGGAGGAGGUGCAGCAGCACAAGGACGGCAAGCCACCCUACAGCUACGCCAGUCUCAUCACGUUUGCCAUCAACAGCUCGCCAAAGAAGAAGAUGACACUGAGCGAGAUCUACCAGUGGAUCUGUGAUAACUUUCCCUACUACAGGGAGGCGGGCAGUGGCUGGAAGAACUCAAUACGGCACAAUCUGUCAUUGAACAAGUGUUUUCUCAAAGUGCCUCGCUCCAAAGAUGACCCAGGAAAGGGCUCUUACUGGGCCAUCGACACCAACCCAAAGGAGGACGCCUUGCCUACACGGCCGAAGAAGCGGCCGCGGUCUGGAGAGCGGGCUUCUACGCCGUACAGCCUGGAGUCGGAGUCUUUGGGGAUGGAGUGUAUGAUCUCUGGAAGUGCCUCUCCAACACUGGCAAUCAACACUGUGACUAACAAGGUGGCGUUGUACAACACAGACCAGGAAGGGAGCGAUAGUCCAAGAAGCAGCCUUAACAACAGCCUGUCUGAUCAGAGUCUGGCCUCCGUCAAUCUCAACAGUGUGGGCAGUGUGCACAGCUAUACACCGGUGACCACUCACCCAGAGCCCGUGUCCCAGUCCAUGAGCCUCCAGCAGACCCCCCAGUCCCAGUACAACAUGCCAGACAGGGACAAGCAGCUCCUGUUCUCUGAAUUUGAAGAUCUCAGUGCCUCCUUCCGCAGCCUUUACAAGUCUGUUUUUGAGCAGUCCUUUAGCCAACAAGGUCUGAUGGGCAUACAGUCAGAUUCCUCCCAGCAGACCCACACCUCCUGCUCCUAUCAGCACUCCCCCAGUGGCAACAUUAGCACUCAGAACAGCCUCUCAAACAACCAGCCCAACAACCACCCCAACAGCCACUCUGCCAACAGUGGCCAGGUGCCCCUAUCCCAUCCUGCCCAAGCCCACCCUGGCCACGGCUCGCCCCACGCACAGCACCUCCCGCAGCACGGCGGCCCCCACAACCAACACAGCCAACACACCCAGCACAGCCAACACAGUCAGCUCCCACAGCACCCCCAGCACGCUGCGCACUCCCAGCACGGGCAGCACCCAUCGCAGCACCCGUCCCACGGCCAGCACCCACAGCAACACACGCCACACCCCUCCCAACACACGCAGCACAGCCAGCACCCUUCUCAACACGGACAGCAGCAUCAGAGCCUCGCUCACCAGCCCCAUCCUACCCAGCAACAGAUGGCCUGCAACCCAGGUUUACUGUCUGACUGGUACCCAAAUCUGGAUGCACUGAAAGAAAGCUGUCGUAUUGCUAGCAGCUAUAACUGGGCUGAUGUCGACCUUUCACCUUUCCAAGGGUUGAGAGACAGUAUGAGACAAGCGGAGUUGAACAAUUGGUCCCUGGAACCCACCCAGAUCGCCGACCUCUGCUCGUCCAUCAACCAGUUUUUUGCCCGCACCGGUGUAAUCCAGCCACAAGGGGCAGUGCAGCCUCCUGUUUGUCACAGCUCCAUGCACCCCAACAAACCCAGCCAGCACCUCAACACAGGAAAUCUCUACAUGGACACCAGACAGAGCAUGUCCAUGAUGGGUCCUCCAGGAUAUCCCCACAUGCCCCCCAUGAGCAGCACAGGACCCGCAAUGACAGGACACCAUGCACCGAUGAACCAGCAGCACAUGAUACCUACCAGAAACUUCCAGAUGCAUCGCAUGCCAGCUGAUGACAUCCAGGAUGACUUUGAUUGGGACUCCAUUGUCUAGCCCCUAGACCUCCUUUUUGCAAAACAAAAGGGAGCGAGGAGAGGAGUUGGAGGCCAGAGGAAGCCAGGCUGAGCUGAAAGGCCGCAGGAGGAGGAGGAGGCCACUGUGGGUGGGAUGCAGAAGAACAUUUGACAAGCUUUGGAGAAAGACAGACUUCAGAGUCCAGACAUUUUUUCAAAAGCAAAACAUAACUAGAAAAUGUUACUUUGAAGACAAUCAUAUUUAGUCGGACAUGUUAAAGUGAUUGCUUAUGUACUUGUCUAGAGACGAGUAGAACACAUUCACGUCUAAACCACACGCUCCUCAGCUCCUCAGCCAGCCCUCUCCCCGUCCCUAGCCAGCAGCCUUCCAAAGUCCAAACCCCUCUCCCCCCCGACCCCCUGCUCCGUAACUGUUAUGUGAUUUGAGCGACGUGUUCAGCUUGUAAUUCUUCUCGUGUUGACAUUGGCCUCAGCUGCCUCUUGGAUGAGUUUAUCUCUCUUUUUUAAAAAACGAUUUUGUUUUAUUGUUCUUUUUUGUUUUUUUAAGAAACACAGGCCGUCUCUGUGAGUAAUGUGAUGGUGCUCGUUGGUCGCUUUUGGGAGAAAGUGGGCCCCACUGUGGCUGAAUUGGUGGUAAAGUUAGGUUUACAGUAACUUUGAACAGGGUGUGAAAUGUUUAAGCAGGCUUGAUAUUAAACAAACCGAGAGAGAAAGUGAGAGAGAGAUCACAGAACGUAUGGUGAUCUGGUUUCAUAGCCAACCAAUGUGAUCAGGCUCACUGCAACAGACUUGUUUUUCCUAGUUCUCUGUCUCAAGCACUUCAAGACGAGUGAGUAUGAUGAGUGUGAGAAGAAGGUGAAGCAGGGAAGUCAAAUAUUUCUUGUCUUUUUUUAUUUCAUUCAACCCAAAGUAACAUGAGGUUCUCUGUGUGCAUCGUGUAGGUUAAUAAUUGCUUUACCAAUCAGAAGCUGUUAUAACAUGACAUACUAAACAAAUUCACAUUUUAAUAAUAAAGUUCAUCACUUUUAGGUGAGUAGCCUAUUGAUCAUUAAACAAGCCACCAUCAUUCAGAGAUGAAAUAACGUUUGAUAGAGUCCGAUAUAUUGGUGGGGGUCAGCAUUAUCGGCUUCUCACCAAUAUAUCUGUAUUGGCAGAUACGUCGGCUGAUAAUUAACAAAUUAUUUUCCAAAUAGUUUGUACCGCUCAGCCCCUAUCAUGGUCAACUUUGUUUAGAGAAACUUUAUUGUUAAAAAACUAAAACCGGCCGAUAUAUCAUCAUCUGAUUUUUAAACGCUCAGAUGUGUUGGUAUUGGACGGGCCCUAGUUUGCAAGCAAGUGUUUUGUUUAAUUGUACUGUUCAAGUCAGCGGGGUUUGGUUUUAUUAAAGGUAAAGUCCGACAUUUUGGGGAGUUGGAUGAGAUGAUUGUAUGGUAAAUAUGAAGCGACACUGCACAGGGGGAAAUGACCAGCCUGGCUCUGCCGAUGAGCUCCUCUGAAGCUCGUUAAUGAAAUCGUUACCUCCUUUGUUCAAUCCGUACAAAAACAGAGGCGUAAAAAUGUCAAUUUAACUUUUUACAGGGUCUAUAUGCCGGACUAUUUCUUACCUUGUUGCGUUGACGUCCCGGCGAUAUAAAGUGUUAAUUAGCUUUACAGGCACUGGUCGGCUGACUAUGUUACCGUACCACAGAGCCGUUGCUAGCUGCUUUCCGUUUCCAGUCUUUCCAGACGUGAGAGUGGUAUCGAUCUUCUCUUCUAACUCUAUGCAAGAUACAAACGUAUUAUAAACAUAGUUCCUAUCAUGCCAAACUAUUCUUUUAAACAAUUUCACUUGAAAUUGUAUGCACAACAUGUUAAUAAUUUGUACUAGUGACAGAACCAAGUAAAACGUAAGAGCCUGUAUGCAAUUUUGAGAGUUAUGGUUUCAAGCCUCACUGACUUGAAACAUCGCUAGUAAAAUAAUAAAUUGUAUUACAAUAAAGAACUAAUAGGGGUGUUGAAGCUUCUGAAUGUCCUAAUACUUUGUUUGAUUAAUGAUCAAUAGGAUAUGCAUCACAUUUCCAUUUGAAAGGCAAAAAAAAAGCAUGAGUUUCACAGAACAUUUCUUUGAUUUGUAAAAUAAGUUAAAUCCAAAUUCAUGCCUUUUUCCGCCUAUUGUACAUCAAAGUGACUUUUCGAUGCUACACAUGUUUAUUGUCACUUCUGACAUUUAAAUUACGGAGAUAUGAUUCUUUUAACUGCCCAAUGUUUUGUUGUGAUAGUUCGAUAGCGUCAGAUUUUGCUAUUAUACAAUCAUAACGGAAUGAGAAAUGUGACUCAUACAGUGUGUGUGUGUGUGUGCGCGUGUGUGUGUGUGUGUGUUGGUUGAACAUAUGGUGUGUGCGUGCGUGUGGGUAUUUUGGUUUUAUUGUCAUUUUAGGGCUAUGAUUGAUUGCUGCAAACAUCUCUACGCUAUCUACGAGCACAAAAGCAGAUGCACACAGCGAUUAAAGAAUGCUUUUUUUUUUUGUGGGAAGGGUAUCCGAAGCACAGAACGGGGAGAUCAGCGGUUCUGGAAACCUGUCCUCUGUGUCCUGUAACAAGUGGCUCCUCAAUCAGACAGGUGCUGAACUUUAGAGGCACUAUGUUGAAAAAAAAGAAGAAGCCCUUUGCACACUUCUGUUGAUCUUUACCGUUUUAAAGAUGCAAAGCACCUCCUCGAUCUCUAAGGCAAUUCGCUUUAAUGCUCUCAAUUCGCUCACAUUAAAACUGACCCCGAGAGGCACUUAUUGUCCGCAGUUGACAAUGAACAGGAUUAUUUCGCCUCACUUCAAUACUGCUAGACUAUGUAUGGUGCUUUGCAUCUAUAAUGCUGUGUGUCCUUGUUUAAGGGAGUAAUUCAACAUUUUGGGAUAUUUAGUUUUUUAAAAGCGGCAUCCAGCAGCCUGUCUGUAUUAAGACUGGAAAUGUUGGGAAACAGCUAGCAUGACUCUGUCCAAAGGUAACACAAUCUGCCUGCUAGCACCUCUAACGUGCACUAGUUAACAUGUUAUAUCUCAUGUAUUUAUCUGUGGAAAAAGACAAAACAAACAAAAAAACAAUGUAUAAUUUUUACUGAGGGGUCAUGUGUCAGACUAUUUCCUGUCUGUGUGCAAUCUGCAAUCUCUCCCCGGAGUUAUAACGUGUUUGUUACUGAGCUUUAGAGGUGCUGGGAGGCGGAUUUUGAUGGCGUCGCACAGGCUGGUGGUUUCCCCUUCUAUCCAGUCUUUAUGCUAAGCUAAGCUAACCAGCUGCUGGCUGUAGCUUCAUAUGUACCGUCCAGACAUGAGUGUGGUAUCAAUCUUCUCAUCUAACUCUCAACAUUUUAGUUGACACAGUGUAUUUCCCAAAAUGUCAACCGAUUCCUUUUAAGAUAAUUUCACAACAAGGGACUCCAGUGAUCACCGUUUUAGUUUUGUUUUCAUAUUUGAAUGACAAUCAUGGAUUCUUUUUUAUGAUAUUACAUAAUGUCUUUGUUAUUUGUGAGAAAAGGCACGUUCAAGUCUCACAUGGUGGUUUUAUUGGAUGUUCUAGAACCAGAUGUUUCUACAUUUGAACAGUUUAUUUGAAACUAGAACCAGCUCAGUUUUAUACUGAAGAUCUUCUGUUAAACUGUCCACAGCUGCACUGUGCAGAUGAAGUCAAGUUCUCUUCUUUUAACUGAUGAUACUGCCAUUCAUUUUUAUAUUUUCCUGCCAAUCAUACCUGUCCUCUCCUGCUACUUUCUGCUCUGUUUUUGUCUGUCUUUGUAUAUCAAAUGUCCGUCUGUGGAUCUCAACUGAGUUUUUAAAGUUUUGUUCAACUGCCAGAAUUUCUUAAUUAAUGCUCAGACAGAAUACUAAAUCAGUUAAAGGACCCAAAUCACUCUUUUAGGCGAGUGUGGGCCAAGGGACUGCAGCUGAAGACGGCAGUGAAAAAGAGCCUCAAUGUGUUUUCAUUAGGACUCUAUGGACCCACGAUAGAGAACAUCCUGUGAGUCCUCGGUUGGUGUGAAGGUGAAGUGUGUUUCAGUUCUUCCAGGUGAAGAUUGCGAACACACAAAGCUACUGUUUGAGCACAGCAGCCCAUUGGGACAACACAUGAUUUGAACAAACGGAUGUGGCUAAAAGGGAAAAAGGUGAAGACAAUGACUGGAUCACAAUCACAAUUUUACAUUAUGUCUGUAUGUGUGUGUGUGUGUGUGUGUGUGUGUGUGUGUGUGUGUGUGCGUGUGUUUGCUUGUGUGAGUUUUUGUUGUUUUUCAAAAGACGAUUUAAGUUUUCAAAUACCGCUUGACAUGUACCUGCCAGAGAGAUUACUAUUAUUGGGAAAAAAAGAUGAAAAGAUGAAAAAAAAAAAAAAGCCUUGUUACAAUAUGGGAGAGAACUGCCAACAA